GCAUGGUGUGUCUUGCCCAGACUGCCCCCCCCCCUCUCCAAGGGUGCGGAGGAAGGCCGGGCUAGGGCCGCCCGCGAGCCGCGCCAGGAGCACAAGAUCAUGGUGCCGCCCAACGUCCAGGGCAAGGUCAAGAAGCAGCUGCCCGCAGGCUCCUACGUGAUCGAGACGGCGGUGCUGGAGGUCGAGGAUGCCGGCAAGACGACCAACGUCACGCUGUUCCAGAGGUGGCCCGUCCGCGAGGGGCGCCCGGUGGUCGACAAGCUGCCAGGCAAGGAGGCGCUGCUGACCUACGAGCGCGUGAUCGACGCGCUCUUCCCCGUCACGCUGGGCGGCACCGCGGCUGUCCCGGGCGCGUUCGGCUGCGGCAAGACCGUCAUCUCCCAGGCCCUCUCCAAGUACUCGAACUCCGACGUCGUGGUCUACGUCGGCUGCGGCGAGCGCGGCAACGAGAUGGCCGAGG